AUGUCAGGCACGCGUGUGUACGUUGGCAAUUUGCCCAUGGAUAUUCGUACUCAUUUCGACGAUGUGCGGGAUGCUGAAGAUGCAAUCCGAGGCCGCGACGGCUAUGAAUACGACGGUGCACGGCUGCGAGUCGAACUUGCUAAUGGUGGACGCCGUGAAUCAUUUCGUGAACCGACUCGUGGGCCGACCCGAUACCCGCGUAACGUUCGUGGGACGGGGGAUUUCACCGUGGAAGUGUCAAAUCUGCCGCCGCGUGUGUCAUGGCAGGAUUUGAAGGAUUUUAUGCGUAAAGCAGGCGAUGUAGUCUUUACUGAAGUUGAUGGACAAGGUGGUGGUAUCGUUGAGUUUAGCAACAAGCGGGACAUGAGGUACGCUGUAGAAAAGCUAGACGAUUCGGAAUUCCGUGGUCGUAGCGAGAACUCGUACGUUCGUGUGCGCGAGGCAGGGGGUCGUGGGCGUAGUAACAGCCGAAGCAGAUCGCGUAGCCGUUCACGUAGUCGAUCACGUAGUCGAAGCACUCGUCGUUCCAGCAAAAAACGCAGUCGUAGUCGUAGCCGUAGCCGUAGCGAGGACGUAGAAGGAGAAAAGAAGGCUAAGCGCUGCGUAUCAGCGGACAGAAAAGGCUCGAAAGAAGAUGGUAAGGAAGACGAGUUCGAGAAGACUGCAAGUGCUAACGAAAAGCAGGACAAGGUCGAGGAACCUAGUACGGAGCCGGAAAAAGGAGGACAGAAGGGACCUGUCGCGAUGACAGAUGCUUAG